AUGGUGAAUAGGAACAAUGUGACAGAGUUUGUUCUACUGGGGCUCACAGAGAAUCCAAAGAUGCAGAAAAUCAUAUUUGUUGUGUUUUUGUUCAUCUACAUCAUCUCUGUAGUAGCAAAUGUGCUCACCAUGGUCACUAUCACUACCAGCGCAUUACUAAGGUCCCCCAUGUACUUUUUCCUGGCCAAUCUCUCCUUCAUUGAUGCUUGCUAUUCUUCUGUCAAUAACCCCAAACUGAUCAUAGAUUCACUCCGUGAAAAGAAGACCACCACAUUCAAUGCAUGUAUAACUCAAAUCUUUGGGGAACAUUUCGUUGGAGGUGCUGAUGUCAUCCUGCUCACUGUGAUGGCCUAUGACCGCUAUGUGGCCAUCUGCAAGCCACUGCACUACACGACCAUCAUGAAUCGGAGGGUGUGUGGCCUGCUAAUGGGAGUGGCGUGGGUUGGAGGCUUUCUUCAUGGAGCCAUACAGAUCCUCUUUAUCAUCCCUUUACCCUUCUGCGGCCCUAAUGUCAUAGAUCACUUUAUGUGUGAUCUGAACCCUUUGCUCAAUCUUGUCUGCAUUGAUACCCACACUCUAGGGCUCUUUGUUGCUGCCAACAGUGGUUUCAUUUGUGUCUUACUCUUCCUCCUCUUGAUCAUCUCCUAUGUGGUAAAUUUAAUCAUUUUUGUAGAUGAAAGUAGUGAUUACUUUCCGAAGGUGGUCAUUUUCAAGAAUUAUGAAGAGGACUUCAAGUGUACUGAUAAUUUGUGA